AUGACUAAACAUCUAAAUCCUCUCUGCAUGCCUACAAAUGAUAACUUGCCGAAGUCUAAAUCUGAUGAGGUGUGUCCUUACCUGGACAGACCAGAGAGAUUUGACCACAGCCCUCAGGUGCUGUGUAAGGAGUCUGUCUGGGCGUCGCGCUGUUAUUGGGAGGUGCUGUACUCUGGCUGGGCGGUUAUAGGGGCGACAUACGAGGGUGCGGGGAGGAGGGCAGGAGACGGACCCUGUGGCCUCGGGGAGAACGAGGAGUCCUGGGGUCUGGGUUGGGCCGGAUCCUGCUAUGAAGCCUGGCAUAAAGGAAUCAACAGCAGGGUGGAGGACGCUCAUCAGUGCUGCACUAUAGGAGUCUAUGUGGAUCAGCCCGCCGGCCUGCUCUGCUUCUACGCCGUGGAGACAGAGCAAGAUUCACAGAAGAAACAAGUGAAACUUCUUCACAGGUUUAAGAAUCCCAUAAAGGAGAAAAUUCUGCCAGGAUUCUGGGUGGGAAGACAGUCCUCUUGUUUAAUACUCAACAAAGAGGAAUGAGGAGAACAGAGUGACAAAAUCACACAACUGGACAGAGGGUCAGGGAGAGAAACUGUGGAUUAAAAAUGUAUAUAAUAAAUACAAUAUUGCUGUAUGUAACAUGAUUUUACAGUUCAGACUGCUCUUUGGUUGCUGCGAAUAUAUGAUAUUGAGCUUUAAGUUUUGUUUUAGAGACAAACAUUAAAUUGUCUAAUAAUAAACCUGGCAUUGUACAGUAUAUUGCAAUUGUUGGUUCUCUGAUUAAUUGCUUUUGUAAGUCGCUUUAGAGCUUCAGUGCUGAAAUACACAGUUCACUUUGCAUUAAAGCUUCCUUUAUCAAACAUGAAA